UUUGUUGUUGUAGAAGCAUGUCGGUGUUGGCUUUCUUUCAACGGUUGCAUGACGUCGCUUUCUCAUCCUGCUGUUAUAGUCCUAGACAUAAACCAGGACGUAGAUGAAGAUGAAACUUGCUCAGGAUCAGGAUUGGGAACUACAGUAGCUACAUCUUCAUGCCGAGAACAAGUUAAGAAACUAUUGAGGACGUGAUGAACGAGGAGAAACACGCACAGCCAGAGAUGCUUCUGUUCCUAUCCCUGCUGAUCUGCUGUGUGCCACUAGGAGGCAACACCUCACCAAUCACCUGCUACAACGACCAAGGAGAUGCAGUUGAUUGGUUCUAUCUGUACAAGCUGCCUAAAGAGCAUGGCGAGAAAUCUCCCCAUCAGGGUGAGCUGUAUAUACUGCUGGACAAAGGGAGUGAAGGAUGGACUAAUGGGAAGGGGACAGUGAACGACACCACGGGAGCUUUGGGCAGGACAGUCGGACAACUGUACUCACAAGGAAAGAACACAGAAGUAGCGUACAUUCUUUACAAUGACCAGCCACCUGAGGACUUUGGUGACAGAUGGGUUGACAACGGUGGAGGAAGUGGGGGUCACACAAAAGGUGUCGUCUUGCUGGAUAAGAAUCAGGGCUUCUGGUUGGUCCACAGCACCCCUCACUUCCCCCCUCCACAACAGGAAGGACAGUUUUAUUACCCCAGCAGCGGCGUGAACAACGGUCAAAACUUUAUCUGCGUUACCUACCCACUCGACCGCUUCCAGACCAUCGGAGAGCAGCUUCAGAUCAAUCAGCCUAAUGUGUUCGACUGCAACGUCCCAGAGUCCUUGGCGUCCCUGGUGCCCGCGCUGGCUGCCGUCUGUGCAAAAAAAACAUCUGUCUGGUCACAUCUUUCCCAUAUCACAACUGUAUCCAAUCGCAGCGUGACUCUGACCUCAAAGGAUGGCACCGACUUCAUCAGCUUUGCCAAAGGAGCCUCUUUUAAAAACGACCUGUACCACUCCUGGGUGGCCCCCAGCCUCCAGUCUGACCUCCUGGUCCAGUUCUGGGUUCGCUCUACGGGGAUCCUCCCCUCUGACUGCUCGCUAGGCUGGAAGGUCCUGGACAUCACGAUCAUCAACCCGGGGCAGACGUUCACCUUCAAGGCCACCCAGGACCACUCCAAGUGGGCUGUCAGCCCCAAGGCAGCCGGGUUGAGGGGCGGAGGAGGCUGGGUGUGUGUGGGAGACAUCAACAGGAACGAGGCGGAGGAGAAGCGAGGCGGUGGCACGGUGUGUCUGCAGAACCCGGUGGUGUGGAAGGCUUACCGGACAGCGGCGCUGGAGUGUGAGGCUUGUGGAGGAGGAACGAUCCAGUGUUGACACCCUGCGGGAGCCCGAUGGGUCAAGGAAAGGGCCGUCAUUUGAUAAGGCUAAUAUCCGGCAUGUGGGUUUUUAAGUGAAAUGUUUGCAAUUUGUUUGGUGCACUAUAUGUUCUAUGUCAGGAGAAAUCGAAUCAAAAAACCCAUAUGCAUUUAUAAUUAAGGAUCUUUUCUAUAAUUUUACAUGUUUGUGAUAAUUACAAUUAUUUUUUUAAUGGUUCCCUGUGGAGUUAUGGGUCACUAUUAAUGUUAUGGAGCAAUAUUUUUAUGUGUGGGCUUAUCUGCACUGCAUGUGCAUCAGACCCUUAAUAUAAUACAUUCAUGAUCAGGACCCUAGCAAAUUCGAGUGGCCAAAUCAUGGAAUUACAACAUCACGUGAUGGCUCAAAAAGACUUUCCCCCCAUAGACUUCCAUGGUGAAAGAGACGUCUAUAUAUCAGUGGGAACAUUUAUUUUUAUAUUUUUUUUUUUUUUUUUGCGUCACAACCAAUGCCUAAUGACUUGUUUCACUAUCAGAAUUUGAUCCAUUUGGUCCGAUAACAUUUAGAAAUACUAGAAGAGAUGCACGAUUCAAUCACUUUUAUCUCCAUUUAAGUAAGCGGAGCCCUAAACCGGAAGUAGCUGGCUCGGCCAAUGGAAGUCUCUAGUGCGCCUGCUCUAUGGGUUAGGGUUAUUUUCUAUCUAGCCCCACUCAUUUCAAACCAGUGAGAAGAGCAGAAAUCCCUCGAGUUAAAUAACUAAAACUGAUCCAACUUUGGUAGAAAAUAGUGUUUUCAUGUGGGGCCCCCAUCACUCACAGUAAGAGGCCGAUUUCAGGAAAUAUGCUUUUUUGGGGCUUUAAAGCACAAAAACCAUUUUACUUGUUCAGAAUGAUAAUUGGCUGUUAGAUCCUCCUCUUUAAACCAAAUGCAUACAGAACAAUGCUGAAAGAGGACAAGUGGUCAAAUCGGACAGGAAGCAGAGGGCUUUACGGGAAACAUGGUGUUCAUUUAGAAAAACACAAGAACCACAAAGUACCACUUUAAAUGAAGGCAUUUGUUCAAGUGUCUUCAUAACCGCUGGGUACUCUUUUAACUCAAAAUAAUGUUACAAGCUGUCACAUGCUGCCUCACUCACUUGAACUUCUUUUGUUUAACUCACCAUUAGCUGGUUUGUGGGUUCUCAGGGAGAGCGUCAAGCUUGGCUGGUAGAAAAUGUAAUAAAAACUGGAUUUUAGGGAAUGUUAAAUGUAUGAAUAAUGUUGGAUUAAUUGCACAAUGUAACAUUCAACACACACACACACUUCACAAACUAGACACUGACAACAUUCAGGUGGGAGGAAUGCUUUAAUACUUUGUGUUUCAUGAAUGCUUGUGUUAUUAACUGGGUUGGUAUGAGUGUUUCUAAUGUGCUUUUUCUGACAUAUCCAGCUCUUCUUUUAUUAUGUGUUAUAGUUGUAUCACAUUUCCACAUACAUUCCUUGAUUUUACUUGAAGAUGAAGAUGCUGGCUAUCUUGAAUCAGAAUAAAAAUAAUAAAAACAAA